CCAAAUUAGAUGGAUACCAACCAUUAUAACCAAGAAGAAGAAGAAGACGACUACGACGAGGAAAAGGAAAAGGAAAAGGAAGACGAAGACGAAGACGAAGACGAAGUUUCUCACCGGUACUAUUUCGCUACUGCACUCAGUUGGAAAGUGCUGCGCCGGGAAUACUCAGCAAAUAUCAUAGUAUUACAGGGUCUUUCAUUCAUUUUUGUCCUUCCUGUUCUGGUGAAGUCAGCUGUGAUGGCCAAGCUCCAGGGCUUUGAGUUCUGGAGGAAGACCCUGAAAGAAGCACGCUUUGUGGUGGCACCCAUGGUGGACCAGAGCGAGCUGGCCUGGCGACUGCUGAGCCGCCGCCACGGCGCUCAGCUGUGCUACACCCCCAUGCUGCAUGCUCAGGUGUUCGUUCGCGACGCCAACUACAGGAGAGAAAACCUCUACAAUGAGGUGUCUGAAGAGGACAGACCUCUCAUCACACAGUUUUGUGCCAAUGAUCCAGAGGUGUUCCUUCAGGCAGCUCUGCUAGCCCAGGACUACUGUGAUGCUAUUGACCUCAACCUGGGCUGUCCGCAGAUGAUCGCUAAGAGAGGGCACUAUGGAGUUUUCCUACAAGAUGAAUGGGAGCUGUUAGAGAAAAUGGUCAGGUUAGCCAAUGAAAAGCUCUCGGUGCCCAUCACAUGUAAGAUCCGUGUGUUCAAGGAGAUCGAAAAGACGGUCCACUAUGCCCAGAUGCUGGAGAAAGCUGGAUGUCAGCUGCUAACAGUGCAUGGCAGAACCAAAGACCAGAAAGGAGCCAUGACAGGUAUCGCUAGCUGGGAGCACAUCAAGGCAGUACAGAAGGCAGUAAAUAUUCCAGUGUUUGCAAAUGGCAACAUUCAGCACUUGAGUGAUGUGUUGCGCUGCAUUCAGGAGACAGGAGUGCAAGGAGUUAUGAGUGCAGAGGGUAACCUCCACAACCCAGCACUGUUUGAGGGAUGCAGCCCCCCAGUGUGGGAGAUGGCUGAGGAAUAUCUCGAGGUGGUGAAGCAGCGUCCCCCCUGCACUCUGUCCUAUGUACGAGCCCACCUCUUCAAGCUCUGGCACCACACGCUACAGAUCCACCACGACCUGAGGGAGGAUUUGGCCAAGGUGAAGACCCUCGAGGGUUUGGCCGAUGUCAGCAAACAGCUGAGGCUGCGAUGCCAGGAGGAGAUAGCCAAAGGAAAGGAUGUGGAAGAGAAGGAGGGCGGCCUGCCAUUACCCCACUGGAUCUGCCAGCCAUAUGUCAGACCUGCUCCAAAGGAGCCAGUUGCCAACGGUACCAGCCAGGGUUCAGAGGUAAAGAAGACCAUGUGUCAGAAGAGGGCACUGGAGGACUCAGACGGAAUAGCUGACACGCUCUCCAAAAACAAGCAGAAAAAGAGAUCCCGAAACCCCAACAAGAACUUCUGUCCCGAGCAGAAACCCAAGUACAUCAAAUGUGAACAGUGUGGGAACCCAAAGGGAAAUAAAUGUGUCUUCAACCUGUGUCGAGGCUGCUGUAAGAAGAUGUCCUACAAGGAGGUGGCAGACUGCCCAAGCCACGGGCUGAGGUUCAAGACCAAGGCAGAGAAACAGAAAGCUGAGGAGGAUGAGAGGAGGGAGGACGAGAGGAAGGAGGGCUUGGCCACAGAGACAGAGAGAAGCAGCAGCUCUCCACAGCCUCUCCCAGAUCCAAGUGCCAGCUUGUUGGAAUUAGAGGCUGAUGUGGGCCUCGUUCUUUCUGCAUCUAUUCUUGAGAACCAGAAAACAUGAUGUUAAGUCACAACAUUUUGAAUGAGAUUUGUCAUAAAUGACAGGUAAGUCAAUAAAGUCAGAUUAUUUUACUGUUUUUUUUUUUAUUGUAAAAUAUAAUAGAUGAAAAAAAUAGUCUAAUACUAAUCUUCAUAAUUAGUACUACUCAGACUAUAAAAAUAGUUGUAUAAUGUCUUCUUUGGCUCUGGAGGAGCUUUGUCAAGUCUGAGAAAAUAAGUCUGAUGAUGUCAUAAUGAUGUCAUCAGGGUUGUUUUUAGCUUGGGCUUGAAGAGUAAAAAACAAAGCCUGCAUCACAAACUGAGUUUGAAAGACAUGGGCAUUUACCAUGCAGGGAGGUUUCUAAUGAAAGACACUAUUGAGAUGCAUUAUGGGAAAUGUAGGAUUCAGCAGUUUUGGAACUUCUUGAACUCAUACUAGGGACUAUCUGGGACUCUGUUGCAUUAAUUUAUUAUUUAUUAUUAUAAAUUAUUAAAAAAAAAACUUUAUGGAAGUACAAUACCAAAUAGUUGGAGUACCCCUUUAAUGCAAUUUUUAAUUUGCCUUCAGUAGGCCCUUAGAGUAUGAUCAUAAUGCUCUACAUUAAUUACUGUAUAAUGCACUACAUAUUCACAUUACUGCUUGCUGGUCAUUUGGGACUGCAAAGAUAAACAGGAGAUGAUACUGCUGAGUUUAAUAUGAAAAAGAAGCAGCAAUUGAUAUUUGACCAGAAACCAGUAAUUAUGGUAGAUGUUUCAUAGGAUAACAUGAGGAACGUGAAUGUCUGUACAAACAUUCAUGGCAAUCCAUCCAUCCAUUGAUAUAUUGCAGUCUGGACGAAAGUGGUGGACUGGUGGACCUACCCAUCUUCAUUACCAUCCGUACCAGAGAGUUCACUUCUGUGACAAAAAUGUGAUUCAGAAGCUGAUUCAUUUCAGAGCUACAUGUUGUCUUUGUCUGCUUUUUGUAGGUCUUGUUUGAUUCUUUUGAAGUGUAACAUCAACCUGCCCAGGGACUGCAGAUGAAAAUUAGCUUUAGCUAAAUCUGACACAUUUACAUCACAUUGAUGUUAAUUAAUGUGUGUUGUCCCUUUUUAAAAAAGAGAAGUAGUAGUUGGACCCUCUGCCUUUAUUCAAAUUUAGUGAUAAAAGGACCAACACCAACACUUGUAUACCCAACACCGUUUACCGUAUAGACGGUUAUUUCUUAAUGUGAAGCUGAACAAAUAAAAAUUUGACAUUUUGAAGACA